AGAAACAAGAAAAACGCUCUUUGGAGGGAGCCAUAUCGGCCUGCGUGCCAAACAAAUCUCGACCCUCCAUCUAUCCCAUCCAACGGUUCCCAUCACUCGGCCAAACUCUCUCUCUCUCUCUCCCUCUUCCCUCGAGCGGUUUUAAUCAUAAACCCUAGCCGAAACAGUGAGCCACUCUCUCACUCUCUCUCCUCUUAGCGCGCGCUCUUUUCACUUCUCACAGAUCUCACUCUUUGCGAUCUCGUUCCGAGAUUUCUCGCUCUUGUUCCCCUUCAAGCUUCGAUUUUUCAGAAACCCCUUUCUCUCUCCCUUUUCCUCUCUCUCUCUCUCUCUCUCUCUCUCUCUCUCAUGUUUUUUUAAUUUAUAUAUCGGACACGAUCGCAGUUCGAUUUUCUUCACACCAUGGCGUUUCCUUUUCUAUAGCAUCAGCAAGACCAUGUUGCGUCUCUGUUCUCCGUGAAAAAAUAACUAAACCAAAAAAAAAAAAAAAGAACAAACCGGUUCAAUUCGGUUCGGUUUCCGGUUCAAGUGAAAACCGGGGGUUUUGAAGAUAAAUACGCGUACGGCAAUGCCGGCGGCGGGGACGAGACGAACGACGAGGGUGUUCGGUAUGAAAGGAGCCGACUCGGCCCGUGUUUUACGGUCCGGUCGGCGAUUAUGGCCGGAAUCAGGUGAGGUCAAGACCAAGAGAGCCAACGAUGGGGACGAUUGGCCACCCGCAAAGGCGGCGAAACUCGAUGCCACUUCGCCACGUGGCACCUCGAAGGCGAAGCGGGAAGAUUCUAGAACCGAGGAGCGGAAGAGUGUGGAGAGGAAGAAGGAACAUGAGGCUGUUGUUAAUAGGAAAUUUGGCAUUGUGUAUCAGAGGAGGCGGAGGAGGUUGUCGACGGGAAUAUUAGAAGAUUCUAGAAGGAAAGAGAGUGAUUGCUGCAGCGUGCUUGCGGUUGUUGUGAGUCCUUGUGCUGGAACCAGUGGAAGCUUUUCGAGGUUGUUGGCUUCGUUGCUGAGGUAUGCGACGAGGGUUCGGGUUUCGCCGUUGGAGCUCUUGUCCUUCUUUCUAUGUGAGCCGAUCCAUGGUGCUUUUGCGUCGCGGGGCAUGCAGUUCGUGAAGGUUAACGUUGUUAUCCUUUUGCUUUUGGGUCCUCCUGCUGUCAAAAUUGGAAUAUGCCAGUUCUUUGAGAUCAUGGAGUUGCCGUUGUUCUCAGUUGACUUUUCUGCUGUUCCUCUUUACUUUGAGUAUCUGCAUUCUGCGAUGCUUUUGAAACCUGUGUUUAGGUCAUUUUUUCUUGUACAUAAUCCAAUAAAUGUGCUUAGUGAUGUUGAGGAUGAUGAGGCUGAUGAUGAUUUACCAGUAUAUCAGAAUGAACAGCAGACCUUCAAGAGAGAACUUUCUGAGGCUGCAACUGAUACACCUGAUGUUAUUGUAAUUGAUGAUUGUUUAUCCUUACCUUCUUCUGUUAAGGCUACCAGGGUUGCUGGUCGAAAUGGACAAUAUAGGAACAUUUUGAACUCUAGAGGCAUUCAGAAGAGAAGAAGUUCACUCAGGAAAAGGAAAGUUCGUAAUCCUUCAAUGUUGAGUUCACGCAGAAGUAAUGGAACAGUUUCUUCUGAUUUAAUGGGUGGUAGGAAAAGCAAUAGCCAAUUGUCUGGUGUGACCCCUAGCAAGAAACUUAGGAGUUUGGCCAAUGGUAGCGCCACUGGAAGCCUGGAAGAAGCAAGUUCUGCCACAGUGGAUUCAAAAGAAAGGCUGGAUUCAUCUCUCUGUUCUGCAAACUUAUUGGUUACUGAGUUGGACCAAUGCUACAGGGUAGAGGGAGCAAUGGUCACUUUAGAGAUGUCGGCUCCAACAGAAUGGGUUCUCACUGUAAAGAAAGAUGGAUUAACUAGAUGCACAUUCAAAGCAGAAAAAGUGAUGCGGCCCUCCUUGUCCAAUCGGUUCACCCAUGCGAUAAUGUAUCAAUUGGACAAUGGUUGGAAGCUGGAGUUUGCCAAUCGCCAAGACUGGAAUGUCUUUAAAGACCUUUAUAAGGAGUGUUCUGAUCGAAAUAUGCCUGCUACUGCCACUAGAUUUAUCCCAGUUCCAGGAGUGCGUGAGGUCUCAUCCUAUGCGGAAACUAACAGUUUUCCCUUUCAUAGACCAGAUGCAUACAUAUCUGCCAUUGGUGAUGAGUUAACUAGAGCAAUGACAAGGACAGCAGCAAAUUAUGACAUGGAUUCUGAAGAUGAGGAAUGGCUGGAGAAGUUCAAUAAUCAGUUUCAAGAUCAUGUGUCAGAGGAUAAUUUUGAGUUAAUUAUUGAUGCUUUAGAGAAGGUUUAUUACUGUAAUCCAGAUGAUUCUCUUGAUGAGAAAUCUGCAGCUAAUGGUUGUCUGGAUCUUGGUAGCAAGGAAGUUGUAGAAGCUGUAUAUAACUAUUGGACGAGAAAGCGGAAGCAAAAACGAUCUUUUCUGCUCAGGGUUUUUCAGGGUCAUCAAUCAAAGAGAGCUCCACUAAUCCCGAAGCCUUUACUGCGGAAAAGGAGGUCAUUUAAGAGACAACCAAGUCAGUUUGGGAGAGGCAAUCAACCAAGUGUGUUGAAAGCUAUUGCAGCUGAACAAGAUGCCUUGGAAGAGAAUGCAAUGCUUAGGAUUGAACAAGCCAAAACCUCUGCGAACAUAUCCAUGGAAUUAGCCGUACAAAAACGGAAAAUGGCUCAAGUGCUUGCCCAGAAUGCAGAUUUGGCCACCUACAAGGCCACGAUGUUGAUUAGAAUAGCCGAAGCAGCUCUUGCUGCAGAAUCAGUAGAUGCCGCAGCAGAAUAUUUUCUUGAUUGAUGGUUAGAUCAAUUCCGAUGCUAAUUAAUUAUAGCACAAGUUUAUCACAGGAUGGGUACAGUGGAUUUGCUGCUGUGUUCUUUUAUUGUAAACAUUGUAUAGAUUUUUGUAUGUACAACUUGGAUUGAAAUGAAGACCUCACCGAACUUUUGUAAGAGUAGAUUGGUUGAUUUACUUUUUUCGGAUGAAAGAAUUCUAAGAAUAUGGAAAUAAUAUAAAAAAAGAAAUACGGGAUUUCUAAGC